AUGCCCGCUGCAAAAAUGCACAAAGUCUGGCGUCUAAAACAUCAGUGGAAAGGGAAAAUAACAUUCGGCUAUACAAACUCCAAAGAGCUGAGAGAACUUCACCAAAAACUUCUCCCGGAGUUCUACGAAGGCAAGAACAAACUCAAAGACGAUGACGAGUGGGACCCCAAGGAGGUUGAAGAUACGUGCGAGUGGAGACGUUGCAAUGGGGGGGCCCUGGAUCUUCAAAAUGAAUUCCCUGAGCAUCAGUGGCCUGAGGGAGACUUGUGGGCGACUCAGUGGUUGCUCAAGGAGAUGAGGGAAGUGUACCGUCUAUCCUCACUCCUCUUGAUUACAUAUCCCGCAACGCUCCCCAAAGACGGCAACAUUCCUGAUGGAAAGACAGCCAAGGCUCUCACAAACCAUCUGCGCUUCGAAGGAUUCUUUGUGGACGUGUUGAAAGGAAAGUUGAAGCUCGAAGGGUGGGAAGUUGAAGAUAUCGGCGUUAUCACAUAUGAGGAGGCUAGUAAAACGCACAAAGUCAACGAUGGAGAGCCUGUAGAGAUUCCAGAGGGUCAAGAAUGGGACUGUGACGAGAAGGCAUACGGUACCAAAACGGAUGAUUCCACCACCACCACUAUCGGUCACACCAAUGAACACCACAUCGUCCAAACGUCGGACGACAUGAUUCAUCCAUCACCCUUCGUUUUUGAAACUUCCACAUUCCUUUUUGCCAAGAAUGAGAAAGAAAUCGAAAAAGCUAAAGAAAGCGACGGAGGAUGUGUGGCUGUCCACGAAGAUCUUACUCGCGGGAACACAGGGGACGGUAAAUGGAUCACGAGAGGCUUGCAAGCCGGAUAUCUCGAGUUUGAGGCUCAAAAGAAAGCUCGAGGAGGCGAGCAGGCCCCGGGGACUGAAAUCGUGAGCCCAAACUAG